AUGCUUUCCUCACCCUAUAUAAUCUCGUCCCUCAGCCAAUCAUCUUCCCCGGUCCAGUUGCCAGGUUGCCUUCAUGCUACGUGCCAGAACAGGAACUCGGCAUGGAUGACGAAGGAGGAAUUUGGCGUGGAACCCCCACUCACAGACUCUUUCGCAGAAGGUUCUCCUGUUACACUGCAGCAUGCGGACUGCAGCAAAGACAGUUGUGACUUCUCAGCUCCCGAAUCUCAGUGUGAAGGGGAGGGUUCCCAAGUGCUCCAGACGCCGGCGGCGCGGCCCUCUUUUGCACUCCCCAUUUUCGAUAUUGCCGCCGCGCCGCCACUUCGUGGUCUCCACCCGGUGUCGAAGCUUAGGCGUAAUUAG